GCCGGACCUGUCCUUCAGUCUCGGACUACUGGCGGGUUCUUGCCUAGUGUUAGCCAAGUGCUAGUGGAGACAAGAGUUGUGGUGAGACUCUAAUCUGCAGUGACUCCUACCGUGCCCGGGAAGUCAUGUCGGAGCAGCAGCGGCAGAGCACCGAGCGCGACCUCUACCGGGACACGUGGGUGCGCUACCUGGGCUACGCCAAUGAAGUGGGGGAGGCUUUCCGCUCCCUGGUUCCUAAAGCUGUGGUGUGGUUGAGCUAUGGCGUGUCCAGCUCCUAUGUCUUGGCCGAUGCCAUAGACAAAGGCAAGAAGGCAGGAGAGGUGCCAAGCCCUGAAGCAGGCCGCAGUACCAGAAUGGCCCUGGCUGUGGUAGAUACCUUCGUGUGGCAGUCUCUGGCCUCUGUGGCCAUUCCGGGCUUCACCAUCAACCGUCUGUGUGCUGCCUCUCUCUAUGUCUUGGGUACUAUGACCCGCUGGCCCCUGAAUGUCCGCAAAUGGACCACCACCACACUUGGGCUGCUGGCCAUCCCUGUCAUUGUCCACCCCAUUGACAGGUCGGUAGACUUCCUCCUGGACUCCAGCCUGCGCAAGCUGUACCCGUCAGUGGGGAAGCCCAGCACCCCCUGACCCUGUCCUGUGCCCUGCCCGGGGUUGACCCACUCACAUCAAAGAACAUGGCUACGUGGCUCUUUGGGGUCCAUGGUGCUGUCAUCUGAACAUAGAGAUGAAGGCCCUGAGGAGUAGUGGGCAGUGAGUCCCAGGGUUGGAACCCAACCUUGUCUGCAUUAGUGGCCAUGGCUGUGCUGAGUGGGAACGAACACUGGCUAGCCUGUCUUUUGAAAUCUUUUUUUAAAAGUAUUUAUUUUGUGUGUAUAAGUGUUUUACUUGCAUGUAUGUAUGUUCACCACCCUUAGAGGUUAAAAGAGGCGAUUAGAUCUCCCUGAAACUGGAGGUAGGGAUGGUUGUGAGCCACCAUGUGGGUGCUGAGAACUGAAUCUGGUUCCUCUGCAGGAGCAGCCAGUGCUCUAACCACUAAAGUACCUCUUAGCCUCUGGGCCUAUCUUCUGAUGGAAAAGUUAUACCCUCCUGUGGAGGAGAAGGUUAUUAAGGCCCAGAGAGGGCAGGGAAUACUCCUGAGAUCACAUGACAAGUGAGGACCAGGCUUCUAGCUAUUCUAAGUCACUUUGUGAUGAUGUGGCUGAGUAACUUAGGGAAAGAUACAGAGGUACAGCAUUUGGGACACUCAGGGCAGAGUCUCUGGCCAGCCCAUCCCUGCUGCAGGAGCUGCUGGGGCCUGGUCGAGAGGCAGGACAAUCACAAACCAAGUGCUAACCUAAUAAAACUUUCAAAAAUGG